CCAGGAAAGUCGCUCUUGCAUUAGCUCUGAAAGAGUACAGAGAGCUACAAUCCAAGUAUGUGGUUCAUCAGCGAAAUAUGGAAGAAGAUGAUAGAAAACGGAGAAUGGCACUGAUCUCGAUUGUGUUGCGCUCCAGACAUCAAAUUAUCCUCAAGACGGGAACUGAGUGGGAAAUAAUGCUCAACUGGAGUGAAGCCACCUUUGCUCGUCAUUUGAGGAUCUCAAAACACCAGUUCGAGUACCUCUUGACCAAGUUACAGGAGAACGGCCUACACACUGACCACACUCAAGGAAGGACUCCGGUGCCUGAUACCAAGAAGGUUCUAAUCUUCCUCUGGUAUAUGGCCAAUCAGAACAGCUUCAGGGAGAUUUCUGACAAAUUUGAUGUAUCACAGUCAGCAGCGCAUGGAAUCAUCCACCAAGUGCUGACCAUCAUGUCAGGCAUAGGAAACACCUUUAUCUCCUGGCCAAAUGCUUGUGAAAAAGCUGCCUCUGCUGCUGCCUUUCACCGUGUCUGUGGCCUUGAUGGGGUUAUUGGGGCAAUUGAUGGCUGCCACAUCAGGGUCCAGAGGCCACCCAUAAGAGGAGGGGAUUAUAUGAACCGCAAGGCAUACUAUUCUGUUCUCCUUCAGGGGAUUGUGGAUGACCGGGCCCGCUUCAUUGACAUCUUUGCAGGACCACUAGGCAGGGUGCAUGAUGCCAGAAUGCUGAGGAGUUCCACAUUCUUCACACAAUGGCAGAAGAUGGGGGAGCGCUGUCUGCUUGGGGAUAGUGCCUACAUUGGCCAUGCCUUCCCAUUCAUCAAGACUCCAAGGCGUGACAAUGGAGCUCUAACGGUGGAAGACCUUAGGCACAACUCAAAGAUCAGCCAGGGGAGGGUUAUUGUGGAGAAUGCCUUUGGAAGAAUGAAGUGCAAAUGGAGGUGUCUACGUGACCUCCAGAACACCCGCAUUGACAUUGUGGUCAUGAUCAUUAUGUCUGCUUGUUUCUUACACAACAUGUGUAUCGCUGCUUCAGCCGUAUGUCCAGAACACCGACUGGCUGCCCAAGGCAGGACGAUCACAAUGAGUAGACUCAUUUUUACAGUUGAAAAGCUUCUAAAUAUAUUUACUCUUACAAUGCAUUCGCUUUCUGUUGUUAUUGAUGUUUACUUGUUAUAUUCUGUGUGUACUAAUGAUAAUGUUUUACCUAAAUUGAAUGCUUCACCAUUUUCUAGCCCACAGUAUGGUUUUGAGCAAUUAAAUAUUUAUUUUCCAUAAAAAAAUACUAAAUAAGAAACAGAAUAAAAAAA